AUGUCCUCCACAAGACCAAACACUCACCGUUAUGUUGUCUAUCUGCCCUACAUUGACAAGGGCAGGGCUCGUCCUUUUCGCGUUUCAGAGGACGCAGACGUCCAAGACCUCAUAAAUGAAAUUUGUCAAUACGCAGGAUACAAAAAUGCCUUGGACAACCAAAUUGUAGACCUUUACAAGGUCGGCGUGCAGCCUGACGAUCUGGGUAUUGAGCCAUCAGAGAAACUUCAUGAACGUGCCGUGGAUUGGCUUCGCAAAGAUCCACUGCGUAAUCCAAUGCAGCCUGCACUUUCUCUUGCCGACUAUUUUCCCAGCGGGCCUGCACGUAGGGAGGAGAAAAAAAUUGAUAUUGUAGUUGUGGCUGAAUCAACUGGGGUGUCAUCUUCUGCAGAAGGCCACAUAGAUGACAGUGAAAUGACGGGCGUGGUCAAUGAGUUCUUGAAAAAUCUGGAGGGUCGACUUCGCGAGCAUCUCAAGAGUGCACCGUGGCGGGACACAUGGCAAGCCCCGCAGGGUGCUAGCCCCGAAUACGCUCGAUUCAUCGAGGAACUUGAAAUUCCUCAGGUGGAAGGGUUUCCUGUGUUGCUUCUCCACAAUCUAGGGGAUGGCGUUGUUGACACAAAAAUCAUCUCACAAUUGGGAGAUGGGUCGUCAAAAAUGAUAAUUAACACAUCUGGAAGUGGAAAGACUCGACUGUUGCUUGAACUCCUAGCCACGAAAUGGGGCUUGUAUUUCACAACCCUAGCUGAUCCUGCGAACCUUCGGCUCGGAUCCACAGACAUUCACGAUGCAAUAUUCAAGUGGAUUCCCAAAAGCAAAGGCUUCUGUGAGCAUCCCAAGGGUGAAUUUGAUAAUAACCAUGUGCAGCUGGAACCCGUAUAUCGCCAAAACCGUGAAAUUGUUACACGUUUCUCACACCAGAUUCUUACCGCGCGUGUCAUUAUUUUCGAAUGGUUCUUAACAACAUACUGUGCCGUUUGGCAGGAUAAAGAUAAAGACCCUAACAAGGCCAAGCUACACUGGUUGUCAUUGCAAUUGAAUUCCCGAGGAAUUUUGGGAUGCGAUGUAUUCAAGGAUCUGGCAAAGAUCCUCGAUGAUGCUGGCGACAGCUUUAUCAUGAUGGAUUCGAAUAAGAUCCACGAACGCUUACAAGGAUUAUCUAAAC